GGAUUGUUGACGGUGUAACACCACACCGGAGAAGGAGAAGCUGCCCCUUGCAUCUCUCGUCUGGGGGUUUGUUUUUAGUUUCAGUCUCAGUCUGAUUAUUUCUCAUUUCUCCGCCAUAAAUGAGUUGCAGAGGGGACAGUGAUGAAGACAGCAUCAGGAAACGGAGGGUCUCGUAUGUUUACAGCCCGGAAUACAUCGAGACUUGCGACACUUUGUCCAAAGUACCAAACCGGGCGAGUAUGGUCCACUCACUGAUAGAAGCCUACGGACUGCUGGAACACAUGAGCGUUGUGAAACCUCAAGCAGCCACCAUAGAAGAAAUGGCCAAAUUCCACACAGACUCGUAUCUGGAGCAUCUUCACAAGAUCAGCCAGGAUGGAGACAACGACGACCCCCAGUCAGUCGACUAUGGCCUGGGUUAUGACUGUCCGGUGGUGGAGGGCAUAUUCGACUAUGCAGCAGCAGUAGGGGGCGCUACACUGACAGCGGCUCAGUCUCUGCUUGACCAAAAGAGUGAGGUGGCCAUCAACUGGGCGGGAGGGUGGCACCAUGCCAAGAAGGACGAGGCCUCAGGUUUCUGUUAUGUGAACGAUGCUGUGUUGGGGAUCCUCAGGCUGAGAGAGAAAUACGAGAGAGUCCUCUAUGUGGAUGUGGAUCUACAUCACGGAGAUGGUGUGGAAGACGCCUUCAGCUUCACAUCCAAAGUCAUGACCGUCUCACUGCACAAGUUCUCUCCUGGAUUCUUCCCAGGUACAGGAGACCUAUGUGAUACGGGGCUGGGUAAAGGCCGCUGGUACGCCGUGAACGUCCCGCUGGAGGACGGCAUCAAGGAUGACCGAUACUACCAGGUUUUUACCAGUGUGAUGCAGGAGGUGCGGGCGCAGUUCAACCCGGAGGCGAUGGUGAUGCAGCUGGGCGCCGACACCAUGGCCGGCGACCCCAUGUGCUCCUUCAACAUGACCCCAGUGGGGGUGGCCAAGUGUCUGCAGUAUGUCCUGCAGUGGCAGCUACCUACACUGCUGUUGGGAGGAGGAGGUUAUAACCUGGCGAACACAGCUCGAUGUUGGACCUACCUGACGGCAGCAGUGCUGGGAAAAACUCUGUCUUCUGAAAUACCCGACCACGAGUUUUUCACAGAAUACGGACCAGACUACUCGCUGGAGAUCAGCCCGAGCUGUAGACCAGACCGCAAUGACUCCAAACACCUGGACCAGGUCAUCAGCACCAUCAAAGGGAAUUUAAAGAAUGUGGUUUAGGAGUCGGCAGCCUCAGCCUCCUCCAGACACACUCUCACACACACCCACACGCCAUGUUUCCAAACCAGGUUGACGCUCGGCGGCUUUAAUGAAGACAAUAUGGAGCGGACCCCUUCGGCCCCGAGGCACGGAGCGAACCAGGGAGGGGAAAAGAGGAGGUUUUGGAAAACAUUAGCCGAGUGUUUCCAGGGGAAAACAGUUUAAUAAGGGGAUGGGAGGGGGCCAUGUGGUUGCUGAACAAUGUUCGCUGUUUUUAAUUCUUUGUUUUCCUCGGAAGAUGUGUGUCUUUGCGUGAAUGCGAGAGGUUAUGUAUGUGCAGUGCGGCUACGUAAAGCUGGACGGCAGCCCAGUGUUUGGUAUCGAGGGAUGCAUCGGUCGGACGUAUUAGACUAAACGGAAAAACAGAUUGUUCAGGGGUCCAGUUUCAGGGUCCUGCUGUGAUGAGCACUAAAACAGACAAACAGCCCUGUUCCCCAGACCUCAACCCUGAAAAGCGUGUCCAGAGAAACUUGGAAAGCUCACAAACAAGACAGUCUGGAAUAGUUUGGAAAAUAGCCGGUUACACAUUUUAGCCGCAUUCUAGUCUCGAGCCCUGAGCAAAGUUAAACAUCUGGACAACAUUUUGGAAUUUUAAAUGAAAAAUAUCCAGGGCAAGUUCUUUGGACGGACAAUAACAAAGAUUACAUGAUUUUUAGGGAGGAUUUAGAAAGAAACGGCAGCUUUAGACGGCUUGACACCAACUGGAGAAGGAGGUCAGAAACUGGUUUCCUCAGGAGAACUGGAAAUGUUUGAAAGUCGUUUGCAGCUGUGGCGUUGUUCAAUCCUGAUUUGGUCGUAUCCAGAUUAGACCGUUUUCCACUGCAGAAACUUGCUGACCCGAAUCUUUCUGCAUGUUCCGACCACAUGAUCUGCUCCUCUAGAACCACUUUCAAGGACUUUAUGAGGAGAAAAGAAUCCGAAUCGAUCUUCUCAAACAUCACCAUCAGCGUCAUUAGAAUAGAGGAUUAAGGGUCUGUUUUGGUAAAUGUUGAAGCCCCAAGUUCCUGCAAUGAAAAACCAAGAUGUAAAAGUAAAAAAUCCUAACUGAUUUUAUAAAGUCCAGACAGCAAAAGAUAACAAAUCACAUUUUAAGGUGUUCUGAAAUCUGACUCCAAUCAGAUGGACACAUGUUGACGUCAAACCCUGAGAACAGCAGUUUGUGUACAGAUGUUGUAGUAAAUUUCCAGUUGGCACUUUGGGGGCAAAGCUGGAAGGAACCUACAUCACCACCAGCAUAAGUAUGUAGUUACUGACACCUACAUCUUUUGCACAGCAGCCCAUACAGAUAGGAUGGUGAGGUUGAUGUCCUAAAGAUCUUAAAUGAGAAUCUUAGUGUUGCCAUCGGCAUAUUUAAUGUGCAUUUUAAGGUAUUGCAUCAGUAAAAGUUAAUGUAAACUACAAAGUCUGAAUAGAGUUCCUUAAUUUUGCCCCAAAAGAAUUUUAAGUCUUUUUGAGAGAGAUAAUUAGCUUUAUAGCAACUUUUUCACCGGUUUCGACAUCGACAUUCUUUUGAUGUCUUCAAUUCCCCACAGCAUAAAAUAUGGUCACUACUAGCAGACAUGAACGAUCAAUUACAACUGUCCCCACUGAAAACAAUAGUUUUUAGCCAUUUUUCUCCCAUAAACAGCUUAUUUUUUUGUAUCUUUGUCCUUUUUUUGCGGUUGAUUGGCUUCAAUUCCAACUCUAACGUAGCAUUUAAAGUUUACCUUCUGAUGACACUAUGAGUUUAUUGAAUGGAAAUGAGCCAGAUACAUAAACUCUUUUUUUUUGUUUGUUUAUUGCUGCAUUUUAAAAGUUUGCAUACAUUUUUCUUUAAAAUAACACAGAAACACGACUAAUUUGUCACAUUUUUACAGCAUCAUGGCUCAUUUCAAUCACUAAAAUCUGUCGUGUAGCAAAAGCUGUUCUUUAAUUAGAUCCUUAAAUCUAAAUAUUACCAUUAUUUUUUACUUUAUAUAUGUGUCUAAGCAUAGUUUUUGUUUCUGUAUUGUUGUUUUUUUUUUUAAUUUACAACUUUAAAUAAUUGCCUUUUGUGAAAUACUACAAUUGGUUUUGUAUUAGCAGUCAUAUCAAACAAUGCACAGCUCGUCUUUACACUGUUUCACGCUAAACAUUGGCAGAAAACGGCAAACUUGAAACAAGCAAACCUGGUCUUAACUGUAUUUUCUUGUAAAAACCAGCCGUAUAAUGAUCACAAACAUCCGGUAGAGACUGUAAAUGUAUCUGGAGGUAAAGUUGCAUUCUUGUACGGGCUUUGAAAUCCCUUAACACCUCUAAAAAUAGAAGCAUUUGAUUACUAUCUCCACAUCUGUAAAAGUCUGGUUUAAUCAGCUGUAGUGUCAGUGAUGUGGCAGAGCUUUAACAGCUGCUCAUCAAACUGAAUGUCGACCAAAAUCCUCAAAUCCUCCUAAUGAAGCCGAGGUGGGAAUCUGAUGUCGGAAAAACAAGCGGCAGCUCAGCUAUUAAGAAAUUAGACCUCAUGAAGUUUAUUUGCUUUUCGAGGUGGUUAAAUUCAUCCGUUUAGACUUGAGUCCAGGUGAAAGGGUUCAGAAAUUACUGUAGAAAGCUUAUUUGCGACCACAGAGACAGUAUUUUUUACAAAUAAAUCCCACUUUAAGGUCCCCUGAUGAGCUUUUAUAGGUGCUCUUAACUGCUUCUUGUGUUGGUUUUCUGCUGCUGGAUGUAAUAAAAUGUUCCUGAAAAGUCGAUAAAGUGGAUGUUGAGCUAAGAUUUUGGGUCAAACUACUGUAAUCAUGGUAACGUUCAGCCCUCAAAUCCACUAUCAGGGACUUAUAAAGAUUUACAUGGCAAAAAUUUGGAUUUUCCUUGAACUUCCUGCCUUACAUGCCGACGUCAUUAACAAGCUGUCGACUGAGAAAAGACAGUUUUAAAGGUUUAAUUCUCACCAAACCGCAGCCAUCUGACCAAGAGCCUCACGUUCACUGCAAGGAAACAUGAAAAUAAGUCACAGAAAGCUUUUAGGGGAAAGUUCAUCUGUCAGUAUGUUUGAAGGUUUUAACUUUUCUGUGUGUUUAUGCAUUUUCUAACUGUUAGUUUGUUGAAAUAAAAGACAGGAGAGCA